CAGGAACGGGGGAGCCUGGUGGGCUGCCAUCUAUGGGGUCGCACAGAGUCGGACACGACUGAAGUGACUUAGCAGCAGCAGCCUGCCCCGGAUAGUCAGUGUCCGCUAAAUGUUUGAGAUUCUGUGAAUUGUUUAGAUCUCAACCUCAUCCUAUUUGUUAAUGAAUCAAAUGAUUUUAAAAUUUCCUGUUUGUCUUGAAAUAUAAUACCAAAACCUUCUGAAAGUUAUAAACAUAAAAUUCCUCUCAUUUGCAAGUCUCUAUCUAAAGUCAGUUUUAUGCUCCAACGCCUUUUCUUCUUUAUACUAUCACUAUUUCUUCUGACUAUAACAAAAAUGGCAAUAAAAUUUCUACAAGGUAUAGUAAAUUAACAAGUGAGCUGUAAAGUUCCUGAGAUCACAUGUCUUUAACUCCAUGCUAUGGUUUUAUCUUCUGAAGACAGUAAAUGGACAUAUGGCUUAUUUCUCUGAUGCAACCAACUCACGCUCAACAAUCACACACAGACACACACAUCAAUAGUCUGUUUUAUGUGCAUCAAAAGGGGCUCAGCUAGAUUUUAUCCCUUGUGUCCAAUCCCAGUCAGGAUUGAAACAUACUAGAGGCUUAUGUUUCAGACAAGAGUGGACCUAGUAUUUUGCAUUUUGCACUUGCAAUAUUUUACAUUUAACAUCUUCCUGUUAAAUGCAAACUAGAAUUUAUUAAAAUAAACACAGUCUUUAUGACUGAUGAGCUCACUAGAUCGUCAGGAAAACUCCAAGGAUGCAGCAAACAAUACACAUAAAAGGGAGGUGGGAAAAUGUAAGAAGGAUUAGAGCUAAAAGCACCCUCUUGUAAGCAGGUAAACCCUCAGGCAAAGUCACAGGUGGUGAAGGAAGACUCCACACGCAUGCAUGAGAACACUGAAAGGCAAGGAGUUAUCAAAGAAACACUGGAAGCAUCUUCAUGAAAGGUAUACGUUGGGUAGCAAAGACUUAGUCAAGACUGGUCUAUGUGGUUCGGACUUGGGUAAAGCCAGUGAGGAGCCAUAUUCACCUCAGUCUUAAGGAAAUACUCCCUCCCGGGGUCAUUCACCUGUAGGAUUGGCACUUGAGAAACCUUGGCAGUGUGUCUCCUUCAACUCUGUGCCCUAGACACCAAACUUUCCUCACACUUGUCCUGGCCGCACUACUCUAGUGGGAGAAUGAGAGACUCCAGUCUUCAAUAAUGCUGAAUGGAAAAAAAUGGGGGUGUCAGUCAUUCAAGAGACACUGUACCUGGAAAAAAAAGAAUGGAAAACAGUUGACCUUGGGUCUCUUUCCUACCUGAAAAAAUGGGCUGGAAAGAAAGAUGAAAUAGCAGGUCCCAGCCAGUAGAUUAGGGCUCAGGACAGUCAUCCUUCCCACAUCCAGCGACAGUCAACUCUAAAAACCUUGAGUUGGAUUGGUGACCUGACCAGUUCUAGGGCCAGUCCUUUGGUACCUGUUCACCACACCACUGGGUCUUUUACUGACCUCACUCUCAUGACCCUCAUGAGAGGAGGCAGAAUAACUAGAAUCAGUGAUAACAACACAGAUGACCAGACUAAGCCUCUACAUAAUGCUAACUUAGGAAUGGUGUAAAUGCAUGGUGGCUUAGCAGUAAAGACUCCCCCUGCCAAUGCAGAAGACACAGGCUCGAUCCCUGGGUUGGGAAUAUCCCCUGGAGGAGGAAAUGGCAUCCCACUCCAAUAUUCUUUCCUAGAGAAUCCCAUGGACAGAAGAGCCAGGUGGGUUAAGACCUUGAGGUCACAAAGAGUCUGACAUGACUGAGUGACUAAACAGCAACAGCAAUUCAUCCUCAUCCUCAAUACAUCAGCUAGCUUCACAGCUAGUCCUUCCACAGCUGAGAAGACAUCCUUUCUCAGAUAAAACUCUGCUUCUGGAUUUUUCUGACAGACUGGACCCUAGAGGGGCACUGGCCAUAGGGCUGUCCAGUCAAUGGACGGCUGUUGAGAAAAGCUAUCAUGUUCUUUGUUCUGGAGCAGGAAGCACUCUGGACUUCUUUCAUAUGGGGGAAACGCUUACACGGUAAAAAGUAAUUGAAGAUUAGAUCACUAAGCAGUUCUAGAAGGAGACUCAGGCCUUGGGGGUCCUACCACAAGAUAUUUGGUAUGGGGGUGGGGGAGGGCCCUGCUAGAGAACACAGAAGAUUAGUCGCAACAGGAGAGAGGUUUUGUAAGAUAAAUGCUUUAAGCCUACAAUGAAUGUUCCUGUCUCUUUAAAUCAUCACCACCUAACCCUCCCUCUAGGCUCACAGGAGCUGUGAGUCUCAAAGACUUCCUCUAUGCAGAGUGGAAGGAAACAGCCUGCCACACUCAAAACUGAAGGGAAAGCAGAGAUCAGGGCCUUCUUGGAUCACAGGUGAGAGCCUGUCACCAGGAAAGGUGAGCCCUGCAGGGAGCAGGAGCUACAACCAACCAGAAGGAACAUGGUUCUGAGAGCAUUUACUGUCUGAGCACCCGGGCUCCACCAGGCACCUUUCGGGUAAUCAUGGGAGGACGGAAGAUGCCAAGAGAUGAAGAAAAUGCCUAUGGUUUCCAGGAGUUCAGGUCCGCCCUGCAGGAGCGCAGGCUGCGCCUCCUCCUGGCCGGGAGGUCGGGGACCGGGAAGAGCGCCACUGGCAACAGCAUCCUCCAGCGGAAGCACUUCCUCUCCAGGCUCGCGGCCACGGCGGUGACCAGGGCCUGCGCCACGGGGAGCUGCCGCUGGGCCUCGUGGGAUGUGGAAGUCCUCGACACCCCGGACCUCUUCAGCCCCGAGGUCGCCCAGGCAGACCCGGGCUUCAAGGAGAGAGGCCGCUGCUACCUGCUGUCGGCCCCGGGGCCCCACGCCGUGCUCCUGGUGACCCAGCUCGGCCGCUUCACCGCCCAGGACCUGCGGGCCUGGCGCGGGGUGAAGGCGCUCUUCGGGGCGGGCAUCGCGGCGCGCGCCGUCGUGGUCUUCACCCGCAGGGAGGACCUGGACGGGGGCUCGCUGCAGCAGUACGUGCGCGACACCGACAACCGCGCGCUCCGGGAGCUGGUGGCCGAGUGCGGGGGCCGCUGCUGCGCCUUCGACAACCGAGCGGCUGACGGGGAGCGGGAGGCGCAGGUCGGGGAGCUGAUGGGGCUGGUGGAGAAGCUGGUGAGGGACCACGGCGGCGCCCCCUACACCAACGACGUGUACCGCCUGGCGCAGACCCUGGGCGGGCUGAGUCCCGAGGAGAGGCUGCGCAGGGUGGCGGAGCGACUGGCCGCCCGCGCGCGGACGUGGCCGCUGGCCGGGCUGUGGCGGUGGCCCAAGGCAGGGCUGGGGACCCGGUGUAAGCUGGGCCUAGCCGCCCUGCUGGGCGCCCUGUUCCUGCUGUACCUGCUCUGCAGGCGUCGGCCCGAGGCGGUGACGGCGUGACCUCAGUCUUGCAGGUCACCUGGCAAGAAAGGACCCGGACACUUGGAUCUGAAGGGGGAUUUCAAAGGAAUCAGUUUUCAGAAAUUUCAUGCUUACUCCAGCACAUAGUUUUAAAAUAAAGUUUACCACUUUAAAAUAUCCUUAAAAA